GAAACACGAAACGAUUGUGUUUGUGAAUGACUCUGGUUGAAAUAAAUAGAAAAGAAAUCGCAUUUGCUGGUCUCAUUAGAGCAAAUAUGGCUUCAGGUGGUGGUUUGGUUUCUGAUCAAAACAGGCAACUUGUUAUUGUCUUAUACAGAGCACUCCUUAGUUCUGCUAGACGUUUUGAUAAGAACCCCGCGUGGAAAGCUCUCAUAGCUUCCAAACCAAGAGAGCAGUAUGACUUUUUGAGACAACGUUGGCUGCCAAGUCAUACCAAACAACCUGAGGACUCUAUAGAACGCUUAAAACAAUCAUUUUUAUACUCUGUUGUGGAGGACCUUCUUCAGGGAGGUACCUUUUACAAGCCAUUUUGUUCGUGGCAAAAUACCUUGAAAGAAGCUUUCCGGCUUCGUUUUCGGGAGUACUCAGCUUUUGUCUACUCAGAUAAGCUUCAGUCUUCCCUAGUUGACUUGGGCUUCAAGGGUCUUCGAAUCCUUCAACAUUUCGAAAAUAUGGCACAUUCUGAGUUAGGGUUAGCAGGAGGCAGUUUUCCAUUGAAACAAGGAGAGUAUCCUUCUUUAAACCUGGACCUAAUUGAUGAGAUACAGAAAGGCGCACUUUUGGUGUCCCAUCCCCUUUUACCCGGUGCUUUUGCUAGAUCUUUGAUUCUCAUUCACGAAUAUUAUCCCCAAACAGGUGCGAAAGGGUUUUGUUUGAAUGGUAGUAAAGUUGGAGUAUUCGAGCCUUCGGUUCUAUUGAGUAGCGGCGUUUCCAAGUUGCGAGGAGAGCUGAACGUGGAACUAGCAGAUAACACUCUUGGAAGAAAGGACGAUGAAAACGAACAAGUAUAUCCACUAUCACCUCAGCCAGUAUAUUGGGGUGGCCCUGUUGCUACGAAUACUUUGUUUGUUUUACAUCCGUUUCCCGAAAUGGAAGGUGCUGUUGCUGUUGGCCACGGUAUUUAUAUGGGUGGUCGUUCUUCUGCUAUUAUAGAUUCAAUUCGAAAAGGAAAGGCACACUUUGAAGACUUUUUGCUUUUAGCGGGAUGUUCUUCAUGGAGUUCUGAUCAACUCGAAGGAGAACUGAAACAACAUUCUUGGUUCCUUACGAACGGGAAUGAUAUUGAUAAGUUGUUUCAUUUUUCCUCACCUACUGUCCAUUUUCCAGAACAACUGCCACGGAAAGAUCCCAGUGACACUACAAAGAAGGAAGAAGAUAUCAAAUGGUUACAAAACUAUAGAUGGAAAAGUAUUUUAUGGAAUUUAGGUGGCGAAUAUGCGCACUUUACGAAUAUUCCAUGUUGGAAAGGAAAUCACGCCAUGGAAUUUGUUGAAGAUUGUGGUUAAUUGAAAAUGUCUUGUAGGCUGUCCACAGACCAAAUUGGU